GGCGGCGGAGGUUCUGGGUCAUUUUUCUGGGACCCACAAAGGAUGGCAGAGGAGGGAGCGGUGGCUGUCUGCGUGCGAGUCCGCCCGCUCAACAGCAGAGAAGAAGCACUUGGAGAAACUGCUCAAGUUUUUUGGAAAACUGACAAUAAUGCCAUUUAUCAAGUUGAUGGAAGUAAAUCCUUCAAUUUUGAUCGUGUCUUUCAUGGUAAUGAAACAACUAAAAAUGUCUAUGAAGAAAUAGCAGCACCAAUCAUCGAUUCUGCCAUUCAAGGCUACAAUGGGACUAUAUUUGCCUACGGGCAGACUGCUUCAGGGAAAACAUAUACUAUGAUGGGUUCGGAAGAUUACUUGGGUGUUAUUCCCAGGGCAAUUCAUGACAUUUUCCAAAAAGUUAAGAAGUUUCCUGAUAGGGAAUUUCUCUUGCGUGUGUCUUACAUGGAAAUAUACAAUGAAACUAUUACAGAUUUAUUCUGUGGCACACAAAAAAUGAAACCUUUAGUAAUUCGAGAAGAUGUCAAUAGGAAUGUAUAUGUUGCUGAUCUCACAGAAGAAGUUGUUUAUACAUCAGAAAUGGCUUUGAAAUGGAUAACAAAGGGAGAAAAGAAUAGACAUUAUGGAAUAACAAAAAUGAAUCAGAGAAGCAGUCGUUCUCAUACAAUUUUUAGGAUGAUUUUGGAAAGCAGAGAGAAGGGGGAGCCUUCUAAUUGUGAAGGAUCAGUCAAAGUCUCCCAUUUGAAUUUGGUUGACCUUGCAGGCAGUGAAAGAGCGGCUCAAACAGGAGCUGAAGGUGUGCGACUCAAGGAAGGCUGUAAUAUAAAUCGAAGCUUAUUUAUUUUGGGACAAGUAAUCAAGAAACUUAGUGAUGGACAAGUUGGCGGUUUCAUAAAUUAUCGAGAUAGCAAAUUAACACGAAUUCUCCAGAAUUCCCUGGGAGGGAACGCCAAAACACGUAUUAUCUGCACGGUUACUCCGGUGUCGUUUGAUGAAACCCUUACAACUCUUCAGUUCGCCAGCACUGCUAAGUACAUGAAGAAUACUCCUUAUGUUAAUGAGGUAUCAAGUGAUGAAGCUCUGCUGAAGAGAUAUAGAAAAGAAAUAAUGGAUCUUAAAAAACAACUGGAGGAGGUUUCUUCAGAGACUCGAGCCCAGGCAAUGGAGAAAGACCAAUUAGCCCAACUUUUGGAAGAAAAAGAUUUGCUUCAAAAAGUACAGAAUGAGAAAAUUGAAAACUUAACACGAAUGCUGGUAACUUCUUCUUCCCUCACAUCACAACAGGAAUUAAAGACCAAAAGAAAACGAAGAGUUACUUGGUGCCCUGGCAAAAUUAACAAAAUGAAGGACUCAAACUAUGCAGAUGGAUUUAGAAUACCAACAACUGUAACAACAAAAACACACAAGCCUUCCAUAACUGUAUUAGGAGAAAUUGAUGAAUCUCUCUGUUCAGAGUCUGAUGUUUUUAGUAACACUCUUGAUACGCUAACUGAGAUAGAAUGGAAUCCAGCAACAAAGCUACUAAAUCAGGAAAAUGUAGAAAGUGAGUUGAACUCACUUCGUGCAAACUAUGAUAAUCUGGUAUUAGACUAUGAACAACUAAGAACAGAAAAAGAAGAAAUAGAAUUGAAAUUAAAAGAAAAGAAUGAUUUGGAUGAAUUUGAGGCUCUAGAAAGGAAAACUAAAAAAGAUCAAGAGAUGCAACUAAUUCAUGAAAUUUCCAACUUAAAGAAUUUAGUUAAACAUGCAGAAGUAUAUAACCAAGACCUUGAGAAUGAACUGAGUUCUAAAGUAGACCUGCUUAGAGAAAAGGAAGACCAGAUUAAGAAGCUACAGGAAUAUAUAGAUUCUCAAAAGUCAGAAAAUAUGAAAAUGGAUUUGUCAUACUCAUCGGAAAACACUGAAGACCUAAAACAGAUAAAACAAACUCUGUUCGAUGCUGAAACUGUAGCCCUUGAUGCCAAGAGAGAAUCAGCUUUUCUUAGAAGUGAAAAUAUGGAGCUGAAAGAGAAAAUGAAAGAACUUUCAGGUACAUGCAAGCAAAUGGAAAAUGAUACUUGGUUAUAUCAAAACCAAUUAGAGGCAAAAAAGAAAAUGCAAAUUGAUCUAGAGAAAGAAUUACAAUCUGCUUUUAAUGAAAUAACAAAACUCACUUCCCUCUUAGAUGGAAAGGUUCCAAAAGAUUUGCUCUGUAAUUUGGAAUUGGAAAAAAAGAUUACUGAUCUCCAGAAAGAACUGAAAAAAGAAGUCAAAGAAAAUGAGGCUUUGCGGAAAGAAGUUAAUUUGCUCUCAGAGGCAAAAUCUUUAUCCCCUGAAGUAGAGAUGCUAAAGAAAGAGAUACAUGAUAAAUCUGAAGAGCUUUAUAUAAUAACAUCAGAAAAAGACAAGUUGUUUUCUGAAGUGGUUCAUAAGGAAGAUAGAAUUCAAGGUUUACUUGAAGAAAUUGGUAAAAUUAAAGAUGACUUAACAACUGCCCAGUUGAAUUAUAAAAGUACUGAUCACGAAUUCCAAGAUUUCAAAACCUUCCAUAUGGAAUUUGAGCAAAAGUACAAGCUGGUCCUUGAGGAGAAUGAGAGAAUGAAUCAGGAAAUGGGAAAUCUCUCUAAAGAAGUGCAAAACUUUGGCCUAAGUCUGGAAGCUUUGAAGACAGAGCUUUCUCAUAAGACCCAAGAACUUCAGCAGAAAACAUUUGAGUGUCACGAAAGGUUAAAUGAGGUGGAACAGCUGAAAGAACAAUUAGAAAAGACAGACUCUGCGCUGCGAACUGCAGAAAAGGAAAACAUACUGAUUACUGAGAAACUUCAGCAAACCUCAGAAGAAGUAAAAGUUUUAACCCAAGAAAGAGAUGACCUAAAACAACUCCAGGAGACCCUGCAAACUGAGAGGGACCAACUCAAAAGUGAUAUUCAGGAUACCGUGAACAUGAAUAUAGACACUCAAGAACAAUUACGAAAUGCUCUGGAGUCUUUGAAACAGCACCAAGGAACAAUUAACACACUGAAGUUGAAAAUUUCUGAGGAAACCUCCAGGAAUUUGCAUGUAGUGGAAAACAUAGAAGAAACUAAAGAUGAAGUUCAUCAACAGAUGAUUGGCAUAGAUGAAAAUUCUAAAAAGCCCCAAACACUGACUGCAGAUGUUAAGGAUAAUGAGGUAACUGAGCAACAGAGGAAAAUAUUUUCUUUAAUACAAGAGAAAAAUGAACUCCAACAGAUGUUAGAGUGUAUUACAGCAGAAAAGGAACAACUGAAGAUGGACCUAAAGGAAAGCAUUGAAAUGACCAUCGAAAACCAGGAAGAAUUAAGAAUUCUUAGAGAUGAACUUAAAAAGCAACAAGAAAUAGUUGCUCAAGAAAAGAACCACACCAUAAAGCAAGAAGAAGAGGAGCUUUCUAGGACCUCUGAGAGACUGGCAGAGGUUGAAGAAACCCUGAAAGAAAAGAGCCAGCAACUCCAAGAAAAACAGCAACAACUUCUUAGUGUACAGGAAGAGAUGAGUGAGAUGCAGAAAAAGGUAAACGAAAUGGAGAAUUUAAAGAACAAAUUGAAGAGUCAAGAAUUAACAAUGGAACGUAUGGAAACAGAGCGGCUUGAGUUGGCCCAGAAACUUCAUGAAAAUUCUGAGGAAAUGAAAUCAAUAACCAAAGAAAGAAAUGAUCUGAAGGAAUUACAGGAGUCAUUUGAAACAGAGAGAGACCAGCUUAAAGAAUAUAUAAGAGAAAUUGAAGCUAUGGGCCUACAGACAACAGAAGAACUAAAAAUUGCUCAUAUGCAUCUAAAAGACCACCAAGAAACCAUUGAUGAGCUAAGAAGAAGCAUUUCUGAGAAGACAGCUCAAAUAAUAAAUAUGCAGAAGGACUUAGAAAAAUCCAAUACCGAGUCCCAAGAGGAGAAUCCAGGGUUUCGUGAUGAACAGGAGCUGUUGCCUAAAGUGAAGGUAGUCAGUGAGACUCAGGAAACAAUAAAUGAAUUGGAGUUACUGAGAGAACAAUCCACAACCCAGGACUCGACAACACUUGUAAGCAUAGAAAUGGAAAGGCUCAAGUUGGCUGAAAAACUUCAAGAAAGCCAUGAAGAAAUAAAGUCUCUAACUAAGGAAAGAGACGAACUUCAAAUGAUAAAAGAAGCAGUUGAAGUUGAAUAUGACCAGCUGAAGGCAGACAUUAGAGAAACUCUGGCUAAAGUCCAAGAGUCUCAAAACAAACAUGAACAGUCUUUCAAUAUGAAAGACAAAGACAAUGAGGCUCUUAAAAUAACAAAUGAGAUGGAGCAAUUGAAGGAGGAAUUUAAAGCCAAACACUCAGCACUACUAAGAAUAGAAAUGGAAAAGCUCAAGUUGUCUGAGAGACUUCAAGAAAGUCAUGAUGAAGUGAAUUCCAUAGCAAAGGAAAGAGACAACCUACAGAGAAUGCAAGAAGUUCUUCAGUCCGAGAGGGACCAACUCAGAGAAAACAUACAAGAAGCAAUAGCUAAAAACCUGGAAAUUGAAGAGGAACUUAAAAUUGCUCAAUGUUGCCUGAAAGAACAAGAGGAAACUAUUGAUAAAUUGAAAGUGAAUCUUUCAGAGAAGGAUACUGAAAUAUCAAGUAUUCAAAACAAAUUGGAAACAGCCAAUGAUGAAUUACAGAAAAAGAUCCAGGAGCUUUAUGAGAAACAAGAACAAAUUAAUGUAAAAGAAAUUAGUGAGUCUCAAGAAAAAAUGAGUGAACUGGAACAAUUCGAAGAGUAUCUCAAAGCCAAAGGUUCUGCAUUACAAAGUUUAGAAAAUGAUAGGCUCAAAUUGAUUAAGAGCCUAAGCUACUCCUUGAAUUUUUCCAAUGAAGAAUGUUGUAGAGAUACAGUCAUGAUUUGGAAGUGUCUAAUUAGGGAUAAAGGGGACCUAGAAAAACAAGAAGAACUAAAAAGUGCUCUCAUGCUUCUGAAAGAACACCAAGAAACUAUUGAUACACUGAGAGAGAUUGUUUCACAGAAAGCAGAUGAAAUAUCAAAUAUGCAAAUAGAGUUAGAAAACUCAAAUACUGCCUUAAAAGCACAGAUCCAUGAACUUCAGGAGAAAGACCAUCAACUUCUUAAAGUAAAAAGUGAUCUCGAGGAAACUAUGUAUCAAACAGAGCAAGUGAAAAGACAAUUAGAGACCCAGAAUUCAACUCUGGCAAGUAUAGAAAUGGAAAAAUUAAGGUUGACUCAGAAACUCCAUCAAAACCUUGAGGAAAUAAGAUUUGCUACUAAGGAAAAUGAUAGCCUAAGAAGAGCAGAGGAAACUCUCCAAAUGGAGCGAGACCAGCUUAAGGAAAGUCUUAGAGUAACAGAAGCUAACGCACUAACCAAACAAGAGGAACUAAGAAUUGUUUACAUGCAUCUGAAGGAGCACCAGGACACUAUUGAUAAACUCAGAGGAAUUGUUUCUGAGAAGACAGAUGAAAUAUCACAUAUGCAAAUAGAUUUAGAAAAUUCAAAUGCUAAAUUACAAGAAAAGAUUCAAGAACUUAAGGCAAAUGAACAUCAACUUUUUAAGUUAAAAGAAGAAGUCCGCAAGACACAGAAAAAAAUGUCUGAAAUGGAGCAAUUGAAGAAACAGUUCGAAGAUCAAAGCUCAAUUCUGGAUGAAAGAGAAAUGGAGAACUUAAAUUUGGCUCAGAAACUUAAUGAAAACCUUGAAGAAAUGAAAUCCAUAAUGAAAGAAAGAGAUAAUCUAAGGAAAGUAGAGGAGACUCUUAAGCUGGAGAGACAUGAACUCCAGGAAAAGCUGCAGGAAGCCCGAGCUAGAGAUCUGGAAACACAACGGGAACUAGAAAUUGCUCAAAUGUGUUCAAAAGGACACCAGGAAACUAUUGAUAAAUUCAGAGAAAAAGUUUCAGAACAAACAACUCAAAUUACAAAUAUGCAAAAGGAUUUAGAUAAAUCAAAAGAUGAAUUACAGGAAAAGAUCCAAGAACUUCAGAAAAAAGAGCUUCAACUUCUUAAAAUGGAAGAAGAUAUUAAUAAGACUCAUAAAAAAAGGAAUGAAACAGAACAAUUGAAGAAGCAAUUUGAGACCCAAAGUUUAUCUAUGCUGAGUGUGGAAAUGGAUAACUUGUACCUAACUAAGAAACUUCAUGAAAGCCUCGAAGAAAUAAGAAUUAUAGCUAAAGAAAGAGAUGAGCUCAGGAAGCUAAAAGAGUCCCUCAAAAUGGAAAGAGACCAAUCCAGAGAAGCCCUAAGAGAAAGGGUAGCUGGAGACCAACAGCACCACAAAGAGGUAGUAAAAUAUGAAAAAAGGUUACUAAGUGAUGGACAACAGCACCUUACAGAAAACCUGAAGGAAAAGUGCUUUCAGAUAAAAGAGCUUCUAAAGAGGUACUCAGAGAUGGAUAAUCACUAUGAAUCCUUAAAUAGAUGGUUUCUUGACUUGGAGAAAGAAAUCGAAACCCAAAAAGAGCUUUCAAACAGAGUAAAAGCAAACCUCUCACUUCCAUAUUCAGAAGCCAAACAGAUUCAAAAACUUCUCACUGCAAACCAGAGAUGUUCCAUGGAAUUCCACAGAGUCAUGAAGAAACUUAAGUAUGUGUUAAGCUGUGUCACAAAGAUAAAAGAAGAACAACAUGAAACCAUCAAUAAAUUUGAAAUGGAUUUCAUUGAUGAAAUGGAAAAGCAAAAUGAAUUGCUAAUUAACAUACAGCACCUUCAACAAGAUUGUGAUGUACCAUCCACGGAAUUAAGGGACCUGAAAUUGAACCAGAAUUUGGAUCUACAUAUUGAGGAAAUUCUUAAAGAUUUCUCAGACAGUGUCUUCCCCAGCAUAAAGACCGAAUUUCAACAAGUUCUAAAUAAUAGGAAAGAAAUGACCCAAUUUUUAGAAGAAUGGUUGAAUACUCAUUUUGAUAUAGAAAAGCUUAAAAAUGGCAUCCAGAAAGAAAAUGAUAGGAUUUGUCAAGUGAAUAACUUCUUUAAUAACAAAAUAAUUGCCAUAAUGAAUGAAUCAACAGAGUUUGAGGAAAGAAGUGCUACUAUAGCCAAAGAAUGGGAACAUGACCUGAAAUCACUGAAAGAGAAAAAUGAAAAGCUAUCGAAAAACUACCAAACUUUGAAGAUCUCCCUGGCAUCUAGUGCCCGUGUUAACCCCACACAAGAAAGUAAGAAUCCUCAUGUUACGUCAAGAGCUACACAACUUACCACAAAGAACAUUCAAGAGAUGGAAACUUCACUGCGUCUAGCUAAAGCAAGUGUUAUGCAAAAGGAGUACAAGAUUAUAAAGUUGCAGAAAGAGUUUGAGCUGGCUGAUGACAUGAUAACAAAACUUGAAGCCAAAGUUUCUGAAUUACAUAAAAUCCAUGAAAAGAAAGAAGAAGUAAUCCAAGUCCUUCAGGACAAAGUUGCUUUAGGAGCUAAGCCCUAUAGAGAAGAAAUUGAAGAUCUCAAAACAAAGCUGGUGAAAAUAGACCUGGAAAAAACGAAAAAUGCCAAAGAAUUUGAAAAGGAAAUUACUUCUGCAAAGUCUACCAUAGAACAUCAAAAAGAAGUUAUAAGACAAUUGAGAGAAAAUCUUAGAAGAAUUCAACAGGCCCAGGAUACCUCAAUGGUAUCAGAACAUGAUGAUUCUCAGCCUUCAAAUAAACCUUUAACCUGUGGGGGUGGAAGUGGCAUUAUACAAAACACAAAAGCUCUUAUUUUGAAAAGUGAAUAUUUAAAGCUGGAAAAGAAAAUUUCUAAAUUAAAGGAGCAAAAUGAACAGCUAAUGACACAAAAUAAUGAACUAUUAAGCAAUAAUCGUCAUCUUUCCAAUGAGGUCAAAACUUGGAAGGAAAGAACCCUUAACAAAGAAGUAACUUGUGAGAACUCUCCUAAGUCCCCUAAAGUGACUGGAACACCGUCUAAAAAGAGACAGAUUGCACCUUCUCAAUGCAAGGAACGGAAUUUACAAGAUCCUGUGCCAAAGGAGUCACCACAAUCUUGGUUUUUUGACAGCCGAUCAAAGUCUUUACCAGCUCCUCAUCCUAUUCGCUAUUUUGAUAACUCAAGUUUAGGCCUUUGUCCAGAGGUACAAGCUAUGGAAGCAGAGAAUAUAGACCCUCAGCAAGGUCCCAAGCACGCCUAUCCAGGAAAAGAUGUGCCCGAGUGCAGAACUCAGUAGACGACUCUUCUAUCACUUUUCUGGGGACCCAAAAUUCCUUCUUUGUAAAUGACUUUUUUUAUGUGUCUAUCCCUGGAAAUGAUGUCACACAGUCCAACUUAAUUUUAAUUCAACUUUCACUUUGCUACUAGAAUUGGAAGAUAAAGGAGCAGGAAAUGAAUGCCUUGCGGAAAUUUAGAAGGAUGGUAGCAUUAUCGUCUUACGUGGGAUAAUGCUUUUAGAAGUUGAAUUAUUCUAUUUAUUUAUAUAUUUUAUAAAGAAUAAAGUUAUUGAAGGAAAUGUAAAGUUAUCCACAUGUGACAUAAAUAAUUCCAAAGCAUAAUACAUAUGUUAAUGUAAAUAUCAUUUUUUAGCGAAACUAUAAGCUACCUUUUUAGUACCUUACACAUUCAAUAAAUGAUAAUCAG